AAUUCCAACGGAGACAGACGCACAUGGUCGAGGAAGGGUUUGAAGAUGUGCUGGGAACCGGCGCAAUUCGGAAGAAGACCCUCAAGUACAGCGAUGGCAAGAAAGCAGAAUUUGGGGAUGAAGUGACCAUGACAUACAGAAGCUACGACUUGGAAACGGAUGCCAAGAUCUCGGACGACACCCAGGUGUCAUUUCGCAUUGGCGACAACGAGACCUUUGCUGUGCUGGAGCUCAUGGGGCGUGUGAUGCGUGUGGGCGAAGUGGUGCAAGUGCAUUGCGAGUCUCGAUUUGCAUAUGGCAACGUUGGCGGCGAAGUCGAGGCCGACGACGACCAGUUGUCGCAAUCGUCCAUCAAAUUCAUCAUUACGCUUGACGCGUGGGUGUCGGAGCGAAAGAUGCCCGACGAAAUGACCAACGACGAGCUGAUUGUCGAAGCGAACAAGAAAAAGCAGAGUGGGAACCGAUGGUUCAACGACAAAAACUACUCGUACGCGAUCAACUGCUACAAGAAAGCGCUCAAAGUGCUCGAAAAGUGGAACACGGACGAAGACUUUGCCCAGAACGAAAGCUGCAAGCAGCUCGUGGUCGCGCUCGGCAACAACGUCGCCAAUGUCCAGUGCAAACUGGGCAAGUACAAGGAAGCCAAGGACUCGUGCCGCGAAGUGCUGCAAGUUGAUGCCAAAAACAUGAAGGCAUGGUAUAGACUGGCACAAAUGGCCUACCAACAAGGGGAAUGCAGCGAAGCGACGAGUUAUAUCCGAGAAGCAUUGGAGAUCGACCCGACCAACAAAGCCAUCCGCGAACUCGUGCCUCUCGUCAAGGAAAAGCGGGAGGCGCAAAAGGUCAAGGAUAAGCAACUGUAUGCGAAACUGGGCAAGGCCAACACGACGACGACUGCCCCCCUCGACGCUCCUUCUGCCACGUCAUCGCCUUCAACUGCCGCGCUACAGACCGCUGGCAUUGCGUCGGUGGUGCUUGUCGCAGUGAUCGCUCUGAUCUACAGUCAGUAUUUUUCACCCUAACGUUAACCUAACGUUAAGUCCCGUUUUGUUUUCACGUGUGGAGCAGCACGCACACUAUAUAAAGUGCCCGUGUUGAGGGAUAA